CUAGUGUCGCGAGAUGGGUUAGGAUUUUCGAGUAUACGCGGCCUCAACGAAGUAUCUAAAAGGAGUAAAAUAUCGUUAUUGAGUUUUCUCUCAUUUUUUGGCUCUUAGUAGUUCGAUCUGUACUUCAAGCAUCCGUGCUUUUAAUACGAACGUUAAUAUACUAAUUUGCGUAAUGUCCAUGUACUCGCCAAAUCAUCUUAAUCUUAUUUCUUGCCUGCCAGUCGGAUCCCACCAAAGCUAAUGUUCGUCCACACGCCUGUACGUUACUGGAUUCACCACCAUAUUGCCGCGCACGCGCGAAAAUCCUACUCGUGUCGCACACUGAUUCAUCACUGUAGUUUCGUUGAUUACAAGUUCCCGUAGCUUUGACGUAUCUGUCAAAUCCGUACGCUGUACCGUCCCACGAUUAAGGCGUAACAUGUUUGGCAAGAAAAAAGAAGGACGACAUAGUAUGGUAUCUUCGAAGUGCCUGAUAUAAGUAUAGACAAUAUUGGUGGCAAUACAAUGGAAGAUGACGACAACGAUGAGGAAUUAGAAGCUGAAUUAGCUGCCCUGACAGCUGGCAAUGACACAGGCUACAAACGUAGAAAUAGGGCUGGGCUUAAACCCACUGCUGGUGCAAAUUUGGAUGAAAUGGUGGCGGACUGCAUGAAAGACACAAAUAGUGAUGAGGGAUCUGAAGGGGAUGACGACCCUGCACUAUUGAAAGAGUUACAAGGACUCACAGGUGAUGAAGUUGGGGUUGCGACGGAAGAAGUGAAAGAGUUAGAAGUAGCAGAAGAAGAACAAGAGGAGCCUGACAAUCGUGAAGCCAAGGGAGAAAAUGGUCCUUCACCGGAACUGAUCAAGCUGUUGCAAGAAAGACUGACGACUUAUAAGACGGCUGAACAAAAAGCGAAGAAUGAAAAUGAAUCCAGCAGAGCCAGAAGAUAUAAUAGAGGUGCAAGGAUACUCAAGGAGAUGAUAGCUUCUGCACAAUCGGGCAGAAGUGUAAAUGAAGAUGAGAUUCCCCCGGUUUUGCCUCCUUCGGCUACUGCGGAAUCUACAGAUGAAAAUAUAAAGGAAACACCAAUUGAAGUCACAACACCAACCGCAGUCACGGUACAAACUGAAGACAACGAACCACUUGUUGUUCUGGAAGAUCAUUCUGAACCGGCAGGUGACGUCACAGUCGACCAGGAAGCGUUAGAAAAAUUGAGGAUGCAGCAACAAAAGUACAAGGUCGCAGCGGUUGCCUGGAAGAGGGCGGGCAACAAAGAACAAGCGAUAGAGUAUGCAAAAACUGCCAAACAAUUCGACAUAGUUAUAGCCGCGGUUGCUGCGGGUGAGAAGCUCGAUCUGUCAGAUAUGCCACCUACCCCGACCUUACCUUCUCCCCCGGCGGGUGCUGCGGCACCACCGGAGAAAGGAGAAAGCGAGGUUCAACAGCAAGCUUCCACAGAUGUAUCACCUACAGCUGAUUCAGGCGAAGCGAAGAUCGGUCCCGAGGAUAUCGCAGGCGCUCUCAAGGAGCGCCUCGAGGUGUACAGGAGGACGAAGGUAGCCGCAGAGACUGAGGGCAAUGUUUCAAAAGCACGUAGAUACGGUAGGAUCUGCAAACAGUUCGAGGACGCUGUCAAGUUGCACGCUCGCGGUAAGCCGGUAGCAUUGGACGAGUUGCCCGUUCCACCUGGUUUCCCGCCGUUGUCGGCCAAUUCGCAGAGCAACAUUGCGCCACAGCCACCCGAACCCGUGGUACCAGAAAAUAAUACUGCGCCGGGUCCUGCGUCACCGAAACCACCAGUACCGCCUCCUAGAACAGGUCAGAAGCCGAAUCAACGAAUUACGUCGCGCGCGGAGAAGCAAAUGAUUCAGCUGCAGUUACGGCAGCGUGAAUUGAAGCAAGCUGCUCUAAAUGCGAAGAAAGACGGGGACUUGGAUCUGGCGCGUGACUACCUCAGGCAGGCGAAAGGGAUACAGCCUUUGAUAGAAGCCAGCAAAGCCGGCCUGCCUGUUGACAUGAAUUCGAUUCCACUGUCUCCUCGUGAAAGAGUAGAACUCAGUAUAUCCCAGAAAGAUGAUAAUUUCACACUGGUGUCGGCUGACGACUUGAUAGAAGGCCCCAGCGGGACCGACGAUCAAAUUUAUGAGAAUCUCGAGGGCCAGUUGAUCAAACAGAUUAAGUGGUGUUUGUCCACGCGAGAUCACUCGAAAGCACUGGGAGACGUGCCUGGGUAUAACAAGUGGGAGCGGCUCGCGCUCAGCUACACGCGAGACUUGGAUAUGUUGCGGGUCCGAAAGCGCAAUUCACUGCCGCCACCACAGCACCACUACGAGACCAAGACCUAUCAAAUAGUACAGAGUUGCACGGACCUAAACGACGGCGAUAUCGAGAUUUCUGUGAUCAGGGGAAUCAAUUAUCCCCGAGAAGCGGAUACGUACGUGAUAUUCGAAUUUCCAUUCCCAUCAGACAGCCAUCCUACGGAUAGAACGUCGACGGUCAGGACUUCCGCCAAUCCCGAGUACCAGGCAGUGUUCCCUUUAAACGGGAUCAUAAAUCGCACCGCCAGACAAUGCCAGAGAGUGUUCAAACGACACGCCCUGAAGUGUGAAGUUUGGGCAAAAGGAUGCUCACUGAAUCCCAUCCUGUGUUGCACUCAUCCCAGCGGUUUCUUCCGAAGCGACAGUCUUCUUGGCACAGUGAUGGUUAAGCUGCAACCUCUAGAAAACCGGUGCACCUUGCACGAUUCCUUCCCACUUAUGGACGGCAGAAAGGCAGCGGGAGGGAAACUGGAGUUGAAAAUCCGUCUGAGGAAUCCGAUUCUUUUCAAGCAAAUUGAAAAUAUAACGGAUAAGUGGUUAAUCAUCGGCGAAUGAGAUUCGAUUCGCCAGCUCGACGGUACAUCGGACGUUUUGCAUUAAUUGUAUACGGGAGUGGAGCCUUCAAAGGAAAAGAUAUUAUAUGUGAUCAUUAUGUACAGAA